AUGGCGCCAACGUUCAAGAUCGCAGUGAUCCAGUUUGAGCCCAAGGCCAUGGACAUUGAAGGCAACUUUGUCAAAGCAUGCUCCUACCUUCGACAGGCUGCCGAGUCGGACUGUCAUCUUGCUGUCCUCCCUGAGUUUCACCUCACAUCGUGGGUUCCCGAUGAACCCGGCUUUCGCCUCGCCUCUGUGGAAUCCAGUCGGUAUCUAGAUGAGUACCAGAAGCUCUCUCUCGAAUUGAAGAUGAGUAUUGUCCCUGGCACAAUAUGCGAGAAAACAGGCCCGCCCGACGAGCAAGGUAUAGGCAACGUGGCGUACUUUAUCAACGGUGAAACGGGUGCGAUCUCUGGGAAAUAUCAGAAAAAGAACCUCUGGCAUCCAGAAAGACAACAUCUCGUCUCGUCGGGUGACGAGCCACAUGGGGCCUUUGACAUCAAUCUGAGGCGCGAGGAUGGUCGGCCUGUCAGGGCUGGCAUGCUUAUUUGCUGGGAUCUCGCUUUCCCGGAGGCGUUUCGAGCGCUAAUUGCUGAUGGCGCGCAGAUCAUCAUCAUUCCUUCGUGGUGGUUUCCCAACGACAUUUCGGAUUCGGCCCUGGCUAUCAAUCCAAGUUCGGAGGCGGUUUUCAUCAAGAGUGCGACGGAAUGCAGGGCAUUCGAGAACACUGCCGCCAUCGCGUUUGCCAACGCUGGCGGCCUGAGCAGUAUCACCAUGCCGGUGCAAGGCUGUCUGGGGCGACUUGGAAUCGGCGAGGAGGGUGUGUUGGUGAGGGAGAUCGACAUGGCAGUGCUCGAUGUCGCAGAAGAAAAUUACAAGGUGAGAACGGACAUGCAAAGAGAAGGGUGGCACUACAACUAUACCUUGACGAGGAACUGA